AUGGGGAGUAUGUUAAAGCAGUCACUCAAUGGAAAUAUUCACAAAAUUCGAGAAUUUGAAUUAGAAAAGGUAAAUUUAGCAGAUGAAUUCGACAUCCUGCAAAUAGUGGGAGAAGGCUGGUUCGGAAAAAUCCUGCUGGUAGAACACAAAGCCACUGAUACGGAAAUGGUGCUCAAAGCCCUACCUAAACCCUACACAGCCAUCAAGGACUUCUACAGGGAAUUCCAUUAUGGUCUUCAUUUAGGCGUGCACAAAAACAUCAUCACAGCUUACGACGUAUCCUUCGAAACGGCAGGAUUCUACGUCUUCUCGCAGGAAUACGCACCAUUAGGCGAUUUAACAUCGAACGUAUCGGAAAUCGGCAUCGGCGAGCUCCAUACCAAAAGAGUAGCCAAACAAUUGGCCGCCGCCUUGGACCACAUCCACGCCAGGGACCUGGUGCACCGCGACGUCAAACUGGACAACAUCCUCGUCUUCAAAUCCGACUUUUCCCGCAUAAAACUCUGCGAUUUCGGCGAGACCAGGCGAACCGGUACCGUAGUACUCAGGAGGAACGAAUGGCUCCCCUACGCCGCCCCUGAAGUACUCACCGUACCCACUGAUGGUACUUACGUGGCUCAGACGACGCACGACGUCUGGCAAUUCGGCAUAGUGAUUUUCGUAUGCCUGACCGGGUGUUUGCCUUGGCAAAAGGCGGCUAUGGACGAUCCCAGGUACGUCAGGUACCUGUCCUGGCAGAAUUCCAAUAUACCGCUGAAACGCCAGCCGAAGCUGUUCAAAUUGGUAUCUUCCAAAGCCCAAAGGCUGUUCAAAAAGUACUUGGAACCGAGGCCGGAGAAACGACCCGCCGGCUUGGCGGAGGUGUCCAGGUUUCUGGAAGACCGGUGGAUGUCCAAAGGUAUGGAAAAAACCAACGAAACCCUCAAGGAAGACGAGGGCCUGUGCCCUUCCAUGUACAGUUUCCACAGCAGCCCAGAAGAGAAGAACAAGCUCCUGUUCACCCUUACCCAAUACGGGCUGGAGACGACCGUGGACAGGGCCCUGAAGAAGAACAGGAUCAGGGAAUGGAUACAGAACAGCGUGAUAGAAGAGGAGGCUGACGAGGAGGUGGAGGCGGAAGAGGACGAGGAGAACAUCAGGAUACACGAUAACCAAAACGGGCCGCUGGGCGAGAGAGGAUCGAGCUCGGCGAGGAAAAUUAGGGAAAUAAAGCAUCACAAUAGUCACAGGAAGAGUCGAAGGCGCGGCGCUUCGGCCAAGGCGGAAGCGCCCUACAAGCCGCCGGUGGAUCCUAGGAUUCCGUUGGAGAGCCAGAGGGGCGCGCGCAGUCUCAGGGACUCCGUUCUGAUAAAAUCCAGCGUUCAAAAUGGGAGUAAUAAUAGAAAUAGCAGUGAUAUUAAAGCGUCCGAUUCUUGGUAUAAAAUACCCAAUUCUCUGACGUCGUCCGAGAGCGCUUUCAGUAGCGAGUCCAGUUUGACUGUCAAGCACAAAAUCAACAUUCAAUUGCCGCAAACCUGA